AUGUCUAAACGAACGAGAAGCCGUUCGAGAUCAACGACUCCCGGGCAAAUCUCAGAUUCAGUAUCCUCAACGAUAGUGAAUAUUGCAACUCCUCCUCCCGAGCGGGCCAAGUUCCUCGACAGCGACAUCAACCUCCUCCCCGAGGUGAUGCAUUGCUCCUUACCGCCUCACCGCGAGACGCUCUCGUUCACUUCCUAUGAAGAUUACGAGGUCCAUUACCUUCAAUCUCAUGUGAAUCGCUGCUCCGAAUGCAGCAAGAAUUUCCCGACCAGUCACUUGCUCAAUCUGCACAUCGAGGAAAACCAUGACCCGCUCGCUGCUGCGCGGCGAGCACGCGGGGACAAGACCUACGGAUGCUUUGUUGAGAACUGCGAGAGGAAAUGCUCAACUCCGCAGAAACGGCGGUUACAUUUGAUCGAUAAACACAUGUUUCCCAAGAGUUAUAACUUUUAUAUUGUAAAUGAUGGGAUCGAUACACAGACUUCUAUGCUGCGACCUAUGAAUAGCAGUAGAAGACGUAUCUCAACCUCAUCUGCUCUGGAGGGCAGACUGCGACGCCGAAGCUCGGCAUCUCAGUCGAACCCCCCAGCAGCGACAAUCGAUAAAAUCAAUUCAUCGAAUGAUAUGGACAUUGACGAAUUAGAAAAGUCCAUGUCCGCCCUGAAGUUUGUGCCUGUCAGUGUCACGAGGAACCGUUCGAAAGUGCUGGGGAAGUAG